AUGUCCUCUGCACAAGUUCCCGCCUUGCUACGGUUUCUCUCACAAGAUGCCAAGGUUUCUCUGGCUGUCGCAAUGGCCAAAGUGCCAGAGCUACAGAAAGCUAACUUAGCCAGCUCAGAUAAAAUCUCAAAAUCUGAUCUGAACACACUCGAAGGCAUAUUUUCAGACACGAAAGUCGCCAAACAAGUCCUCAAUGCUGCCAAGCGAGUAGCCAAGAAGCGGGGAGCUCCAUCUGACAAUUCAACUCCGACCAAAAAGAAAAGGGCUCAAAUAGGUCCAGAAUCGACACCUUUCGAAAUUGAAACAAGCCUUCGCUUUCCGAGCUCCUCUAUCAAUGAUGAUGAACUCCGAAAAGUGAUCAUAGUCACCAAUCGGGCACCUCUUGUGCUUGCUUUUGCAUUAUCCGUCUUGAAGUACACAAGGCCAGAACAACCAAUCUCUAGCAGGUUGAGUCUUGCGCAGGCGCUUGUCAGUGCUAAUAGUCGAACAAAAGCCGUCAGCUUGGGGAUUGAGAGGGGAGAGCCGGCUGAGCAAGAACGCUUGCCAGAAGGCCAUCCAGCCAUCAAAGUUUUGGGACGAGAGAUUCCCGUAUUGAAGAGAUGGGAUUACGACCCACGAGAGGGCCAGCCAGACGAUUCGUUGGAUGAGCAAGCUGAGCCGGCAGAGGUAGCCAGUGAAUUCUUAGGUACCAAGGCCAGCGGCGAUGAGUCAGACCGAAUGCCACCGCUAUGGGGCCUUGAUCCAGAGGCCUUACAAAAUUCCAACUUGAACACGGCUGCUGAGACUGAUAAAAAGCCCACCAAAGCUUUGCCAAUACAUACCCCACAGGCCGCAAGGUCCUAUAUCAUUCGGUCUAUCUCUUUGUUGAAGAAUGAUGGUCCGGAAACAAAGCCAAAGUUAACAAGUGCAGUCGAUGAUGACAAGGAGAUGUGUGUGAGCUAUCUCUUGCAUGCAAUCGAUUCUCUGGACAAACGGGCCUGGUUCUGGUAUCUCAAGGUCCGCCCGGAUGUUCAGACCGGAGUUCAGGGGUGGGGCGAGAAAGGACAGGUAAAGCUGGCCCAUAUCAUCAAUCUUCGGAAAACACCAGAUGCUAGUGCUUCAAGUUGA